AUGUUGACACAGCGAUUCUAUAACGAAGAGUUUGAAUGGCAUAAGAAUAAAUGGACUUUUAAAAUUAGAUCAACUUAUACUGGUCAUUAUGAAGAUGCGAAAACCGUCAAUGAUCUUUUAAAAGUUAAAAAUGAGGAAAAUGGUUGGGAUGUACCAAUUCAUAUUGAUGCUGCAUCCGGUGGAUUUGUCGCUCCGUUUGUGAACCCUGACCUUGUUUGGGAUUUUAGUGGAUUUACAUCAAUCAUGACGAAUUUGAUGGAAAUUGCUAAUUAUCUUGCUCAAACAUUGGAAGAUACUAACAUUUUCGAAAUUCUUAGUGAUAGAAAUGGUAUUGGAUUACCACUUGUAGCUUUUAAGUUAAAGCUUAAGGAUAUUCACUAUGAUGAGUUUGAUGUAGCUGCACGUCUCCGUGAACGUGGGUGGAUUGUACCAGCUUAUACGAUGGCACCACAUACUGAGCAUAUUAAAUUGAUGCGUAUUGUAGUUCGAGAAGAUUUUUCACGUGAACGGUGUGAUAUUCUAGUCACUGAUAUUAAAUCUACGAUUGAACUUUUGAAUAAAUUGGACAAAGAGACUCUCCAUAAGAAAAG